AUGUACAGCCCGCGGCGCGUGUCCGUCGAGGGGCCGCCGACGCCGCCGACGCCGCCGACGCCGCCGGCUCCCACGAGUGACGAGGAACACAACGCGAGCGACGCCGAGGCGCCGUCGAGUAAAGCUUUCGCGUCGCCCUACGCCGUGCCGGCUUCGACGACGCUGCAGCGCGAGCGGCGCGCGUGGCGCGCGCAACAAAGCGAGGACGCGCCGCCGACGCCGUUGCGGACGCCGGAGCCCGCGCGGCUGCGGGAGGGCCUGCGGGCGACGCCAGAGCGGACGCGGAGCGGACUGUUCCUGAGGCACGUGAAGUCGCCGUCACCUUCACCGCCAUCGGAGCCGCCGCCGCCGCGGAGCAUCGACGCGAGUCCCGCGGCGGCCGCGCGCCGCGACCUUGAUAGAAGACGGCGCGGCGCCCGGGCCUUCGCCGAGGAGGAGCGGCGGCGCGCGCGGGCCCAGCGUGUCGAGCGAGCCCAAGCGGAACGGCGUUUCAAGCACCGCCUGUCGAACGAGGCCGUGCGCGCCGAGAACGCGCGCCAGGCGACGCUGGCGGAGCACGCGCGGGCGCGGGUUUUGUUGCGGAACGGCCCGAGGUGUUCAACGGCGGCGUGGAGAGGCCCGAGCGCGUCCUGCCGAAGCCGCGUGCUGUAGAGGAGGACCUGCCGCCGCUGCCGCCUCCUAGGGUGAUGAAGGAGGAGGUCUGCGCGGAGGAGGAGGAUUUCGAGGGCCUGCUCGACGACGCGGCGCCGGCACCGGAGGCGCCCGCGCCCGCGCCCGCGCCGCCGGCGCCGACGGCGCCGACGUCGCCGACGGGCUACUCGGACGACGCCGAGGACUUCGAGGACGAGUCGGACGACGACAACGAAGAGGCCAUCGGGGUCGGUGUACAGGUCGAGGCGCGCUUCGGCGGCGAGGAGGACUGGUACCCGGGCACGGUCAAGGCGGUCAACGCGGACGGCACCUAUGAAAUCGCGUACGACGACGGCGACGAGGAAGAUUCCGUCGCGCCGGAGUACGUGCGGUUGAGGCCUUCGUCGCCCUAA